GAGCGCGUGACAGUAGCAGUAGCUACUUGCCAAAGCCAGACCAAAGCAAAGAUACAAAGCGUGUGCCACAUCGACGACAGCAGACCAGCUGCCUCAUUUCCCGAUCACACCAUGACCCGAACACUCAAGGUUAUUGUGAUGAGGUAGCUUCAACAUCGGGCUGUCUACAGAAUUCAAUAAUUUUUGUUGUCCGAGUGAAUGUGAAGAAAAGAGAAAGUUUUAACAACAAAAUAUAUAUAAGACUAUAGAUAUGGAGCAAACGAUGGUUCUGUGGUUACUUGCCCUAGUAAUGCUAGGUGGUUCUUACCUUGCCGGCUCCUUGCCACUUGUUAUGAAUCUCUCCGAGGAUAAAUUACAGCUAGUGUCUGUCCUUGGAGCUGGGCUUCUUGUAGGAACUGCAUUGGCAGUGAUCAUUCCAGAAGGUGUUAGAGCACUAUUUAGCGGUGCAGCAAGUGUUUCAACUACAGCCCAUGAUACUGCUCAUGAGGCCAAUGAAGCUCAUAAUGAUCUUCACAGUUUGAUAGGAUUGAGUCUGGUGCUAGGAUUUGUAUUCAUGCUAUUAAUUGAUCAAUGCUCAUCUAAGAGAAAUGGUAACAAGGAGAAGAGUAUGACAGCUACACUGGGUUUGGUUGUCCAUGCUGCUGCCGAUGGAGUUGCUUUGGGAGCAGCAGCUACAACGUCGCAGGCUGACGUUGAAAUUAUUGUAUUUUUAGCUAUUAUGUUGCACAAGGCUCCUGCUGCAUUUGGACUUGUAUCUUUUCUACUUCAUGAAGGUGUGGAAAAAAGGAGGAUACAAAGACAUUUAUUAAUAUUCUCAUUGUCAGCUCCAUGCUUGGCUUUGGUUACAUACUUUGGAAUUGGAAAGGAAGGCAAAGAAACUUUAAGUAAUGUGAAUGCAACUGGAAUCGCUAUGUUAUUUAGUGCUGGAACAUUUUUGUAUGUAGCAACUGUACAUGUCUUACCUGAAUUGAUGACAAGAGUCAGUACAAAUUACUCUCAUCUUCCCACUGACUCUAGUGGAUCAACACCAUCGCAUGGUUUAAAAUUCAAAGAAAUUAUAGCAUUAGUUAUAGGUUCUUUUUUACCUGCUCUACUCACAAUGGGCCAUCAUCACUGAUGUAUUAUGGAGAGAAUCUGAUUUUAUCGUGAUAAAAACAUUUAUUUUCGUGCCCUAUCAGAUUUAUACUAAGUUCUUUGUUAUUAUUGCUGACCAAAAAGCAUUUUCUUUUCCAAUUAUAAGUUUAUUAAAAUUAGAUUUAAUUGUUAUUUGUAAAAAGGUUAUGUAUACAGAUUUUUUAACUGUGACAGUAUGAAAGGGUGUAUGUUUUCAAUUUGGUAUUGGAGAGUUGAAUGAUAAACGAAUAUUGCAUAAUAAUCAUUUUGUACAUAAAUCUAAAAAAAAUUUGUAGGUUUAAGAAUGGAUAUUCUUAAUAUUUUUUUACUCAUUGAACUGUAAAUUUAAAGUUAAAACACUAGUAAUGUAAAUCCAACAGACUGUGUUUUAUUCCGGUUUAGUAAGUAGCCUAUAAAAUAAAAAACUGCAAGGAUACAAAACAAAAAAAAGAUUAUAAUAUAUGAAAAGAAUUUUCAAAUUAUUGUUUCAAUUACACAAGAUAUUAAUUGUAAUGUAAUAACCAUUUGAUAAAAAACGAGUUAAGAAGAAAAUUAUAAUUGAUUAUAGUAUCAAUUAUAUAAUUUCCUCAAAUACUCAUUACUUACAUUUCGAUGUAAUAUACUCUAAGAAACUUUUGUACUACUUUGACUUAUAUUAUUUUCAAAUUGUAUAAAAUUUCAUUGCAAUCAAAAUAUCUAUAUCAUUCAUUUUCAUCACAAGAUUCAUCGUCGAUGAUUUAACUAACGUAGUAAACAGAGGGAAGACAGUC